AUGUAUCUAUUACGCGAGGCGCGUGCGGGAACAGCCCUGCGGGCACGCUGGGUCCUUUCGGUCCGCGGGCGCCGGCGUUACGUCACUGUUCGGCGCCCAGUCGGCGGGGUUUUCCCCGGCUCCUGCGGAGCCGCUGUCUCGAUGUCCUUGCCUCGGUGUGCCCUGCUGUGGGCUCGGCUCCCGGCGGGGCGCGGGGCUGGGCCCCAGACGGCCGCCUCCUCCGCCCUUCGCGCCCUCGUGGGGCCGUUCCCCGGGGCUCUAGGACGCGCUCCCUGCCUGGCCGCCUCCUCUUCUGCCUCUGGUGGCUCCAAAGCCCCGAACACGUCCUUGUUCGUGCCGCUGACAGUGAAGCCCCUGGGUCCCAGCGCCGACGGCGACGUGGGCGCGAGCUCACUAGUCCUCUGGACAAGACUGAGUGCUGGAGUCUCCUGGCGAAGCAGCAGGACCUGCGGCCGGAGCCUGCCAACUCAUGUGGACGACUUAUUUCCAUUUUUCUUGAGACAUGCCAAACAGAUAUUUCCUGUAUUGGAAUGCAAGGAUGAUCUACGUAAAAUCAGUGACUUGAGGAUACCACCCAACUGGUACCCAGAAGCCAGAGCCAUACAACGGAAGAUAAUAUUUCACUCGGGCCCCACCAACAGUGGGAAGACUUAUCAUGCAAUCCAGAGAUACUUGUCAGCGAAAUCUGGAGUGUACUGCGGCCCUCUGAAGCUGCUGGCGCACAAGAUCUUUGAGAAGAGCAAUGCUGCUGAUGUGCCAUGUGAGUUGGUGACAGGUGAAGAGCGGCUGACAGUUGCGCCUGAGGGGAAAGAAGCCACCCAUGUCUCUUGUACUGUGGAGAUGUGCAAUGUUACAACUCCUUGGCUCUGUGCCGAGGAAGUCCAUUUGUGCGGAGAGUCUGCUGCUAUUGACCUGGUCUCUGAGCUUCUGUACACAACUGGGGAGGAGGUAGAGGCCGCCGGUCUUCACCCAACUGCUGAGCAGAUCGAAAUGUUCGCCUGCCAUCUCCCUGAGACAACGCUGUCCAAUCUCAUUGAUAUUUUUGUAGACUUUGCACAAGUUGAUGGACAGUAUUUUGUCUGCAAUAUGGAUGAUUUUAAGUUCUCUGCAGAGUUGAUCCAGCAUAUUCCACUAAGUCUCCGGGUGAGGUAUGUGUUCUGCACAGCCCCCAUCAAUAAGAAACAGCCUUUUGUCUGCUCGUCAUUGUUACAGUUUGCCAGACAGUACAGCAGGAAUGAGCCCCUGACCUUUGCAUGGUUACGCCGGUACAUCAAGUGGCCUUUGCUUCCGCCUAAGAAUAUUAAAGACCUCAUGGACCUUGAGGCUGUCCAUGAUGUCUUUGAUCUUUACCUAUGGCUAAGCUACCGAUUUCUGGAUAUGUUUCCAGACUCCAGCCUUGUUCGAGGUCUCCAGAAAGAGCUGGAUACCAUUAUCCAAGAUGGUGUGCACAACAUCACCAAACUGAUUAAAAUUUCCGAGUCACACAAGCUUUUGAAUCUGGAGGGCGUAUUAGGAGAGGACCAGUCACGUUUUUCAGGAACUGCAAAGAGCCCAGCAAGAAGGACACGUGGCACCAAAAGCUCAGGGAGUAAAGCUGAAGAGCCUGUCAGCCCCAGUGCCAAGGAGCUGCCCCUUGCAUCUAGGCUGGUGCAGCAAGGACUCCUCACUGCAGACAUGCUUAAGCAGCUCCAGAAGGAAUGGCUGACUCAGCGAACAGACCAUGGCAAAGAAAAGGCAGGGACACGGAGAAAGAAGACUGACCACAACUCUGAUUAGGUUUUUUUAAUUUUGCAAAUAAAAAUCAAUUUUAAAUCCUUA